UUGCCGGUAAGAGAAGACAUAGUUGCGAACCGAAUGUGCUUUAAAAGUCACGUAUUUUUUCGUCACGUUUCUUUUUACUUUGGGUUUGGUUAACGACUUUAACUAGUUAGCCUAGAACUGGCUAGCUGUAGCUAGGUCUGUUUACAGUAGCACAGUACCACAGUACAAACUAACUUAUUGACAUGAUUUAUGCUGUUCAAAGUGUGUUUUCAAGAAACGUACAAACGCUGAUGCAUACCGUAUAGAAGCUAUAAUAUGUAAUAGUUUUAUGUGGCUAGGUAGCUACUGCAUGUAGAAACAAACAACAAGUUAGCCCAGCCAUUUAUCUUCACGCAAGGUUUGAGUUCUGACAGUGCCUUACUGUGACCUGUAGGUAUUCUUGUCAUUUAUUCAGAUUAGAAGAUGCAGCGAGUUUGGCCAGCCAGUAUAUAGUUUUCUUCAAAACUAUCUGGUAACAUUGAUUCUUAAACUUUCUUUGUCUAUUAACGUUACUUAGCUCUAACACAAAACAGGAUACAAAAGCUUUGAUUUACAUUAGAGAAUCAAAAGAGCCAUUUCUAAAUUUUUACCUCUUCAGAUUCAGACAGUUGUCCAUUGCCUGUUUAAGUUAACACAGGCUGUGGUGACAACGGCCGCAAUGUUAGACGGUGAUCAGUUUGUGAAGGCGCUGGGUCGCCUUGGUUACCCCGGCGCGUCAUCGCUAAAGGCCUCGGAGUUCGACUGGCUUUUUGACUGCGCCCCUGAAAACCUCCAUUUCCUGCGUUUCGUCUGCCGCACCCUCAACCAGAGCAACGUCCUAACCCCGGAGGAGGUGCGUGCCUUCAGGACGCUUUGCGACUCUGGCAAGGCCAUUUUGGAUGAGUCUGCCCUGGAUGAGGUCCUCAAGACCUGUGGGCCGAGGGAGGGAGGAGAUGGAGGUGUGGGCGGAGGGCCACUGUCAUCCUCGUCCUUCGGGGUGGAGGGGGAUGUUGGCGUGGAGGACCUGGAGGUGGAGCUGCAGUGUUUACUCGAGGAGCAGAAGCUGAAGCAACACCGUUUCAAGAAGCUGCAGGUCAUGACCUCUGCCCGGGCCGACUCCGCCCUCCGCCUCGAGGCGCGACAGGGCACCGCCUCCGACCGGCUGAAGGACACCACCGGGGCGCUCGCCGCGGAGAACGCAGGGACCAACGCCGCCUUGCAGGCCCUGACGGACGAGGUGAGGAGGCUGGCGUUCUGUGUCCGCCUCAACCCCGAGCCCAAGCCCCAGGAGGGGGGCGAGGCCGAGCCUGGAGCCCAUAGGAGCCCCCCAGGACCCCCAGUCCUGGUGUCUCAGUUGCCCCUGGAGCCCUACCUGCACCAGGUGGAGCUGAACACUAAAGCUCUGGCCAGCCUCACCCAGAAGCAGUUCUUCCACGGCAUCUCAGACCUGGUGGAGACCUCCUGCUCGGAACGCUUCCAGCUCCUGGACCUCAGCUACUGUGAAGACAGGGAUGUGGAGGAGGAGGAGGAAGGGGAGGGGAAGGAAAAGAUGAAGAUAAAGGGGGGAGUUGUGGCGGAGAGGGUGGUGGAGAGGAGGAGGAAGGAGAUGGCGAGGCUGCAGUGGGCUCACAUCGUGGCCCAGCACCAGCUACUGAUGGCCAGGGCCCAGGAGAAGGGGGCCAGGGCCGGGCUGGACUGGCUUAUGGAGAAGCAGCGAUCACUGUCCAAGAGCCUGUCCUCCAGCUUCUCCACCCUCCAGAGCCUGUCCUCCAGCUUCUUCACCCCGGCGCAGGAGGCUGUGUGCAGGAGUGAGCUGCAGACAGCGGGGGCUGAGCUGGAAGCUCUGCUCCAGGGACCGGUCCCUGCUGCCCUCAGGGAGGGAGCAAGGCUGCUCAAUGUGCCCGUAGUGAGGGGGGACCUGGCCUUGCAGCUGGCCAGGCAGGACUACUACACCUCCAGGCAGGAACAGGUCAGGGACCACCUGCUCCGUCAGAAGGCUUCCUUCGAGCUGCUGCUGCUGGCCCAUGAGCUGGAGCUCCGCAUGGGGAGGCAGAUGCAGCUGUGUCUGGGGGACGUGGCCUCCAGGCUGGGCAAGAGAGGACAGGAGACCAGCCUCAGGAUCCAGGCCUUGGCCCAGCCCGACCUGGCCAUCAACCCCAAGCUGGGCCCUGUCAUCUGCUCCAAGGACGCGGCCUUCAGCAGACUGUUCCAGAUCCUGGAGUUGGGUCAAGAGUCCGGACAGAGCCGCCACGAGCCCUUUCGGACUUACGAGGUUCUAGAACGUUCCGCGCGUUCCCUCCAGGCGGAGCUGCGGUCGGCUCGCGAGGCCGCGUCCGGGGAGGCCCGCCAGCAGGGCUACACCGCCGCCCGUCUCCGCGGCGACUGCGAGGCGUUGCACGGGGCGACGUUCUCGGAGCUGCAGCAGCUGGUAUUGGCGCCGCAGGUAUGUCCCACGGCAACCACCAACCAGGAGCUCUGCCCCAACGCACAGGAGUUGACGGUGCGCCUGACAGAUGUAGAGGCCCAGUUGACCUCCCUGUAUCGCCUCAUGCAGGAAGUCAUGGGCGACGUGCGCAAGAAAUGCUCUCAGCUGGAGCACAGCGCCCUCCUCAGGCAGGAGAGGGAACUAUACGUCCACUUCCACCUGGACGCCAGGCGGCUGCAGAAGGCUGUGGAGGACCUGGAGGGCAAGAUGGCCGCCGGCGCCAGGAAGGAGCAGACAUGAAGACGGUCUCAUGAUUUCUUGUUGUGUUCAUCCCUGGGGAGCUUCGCCCCCAGGCUCCGGCCUUUCUCGCAUCUCCUCCCUGGAGCUCCCCACCCCCAGACCCAGCCUCUCUCCUCUUCAUCCCCGACAGAGGGCCUCUUGGCCUGGGCUCUCUCCCAGAAAACCAGCCCCCUCUGUCUCCAGAGACCAGUGUCCAUCACCCUGUCUCGCCAAGUCGGUCUCGCAUCUCCCUCAGCUCCAGUCUCAUGAGCUCUGCGUGUGCCUGUCUGACGGCAAAACACCCCGUCUGACGGCAAAACACCCCGUCUGACGGCAAAACACCCCGUCUGACGGCAAAACACCCCGUCUGACGGCAAAACACCCCGUCUGACGGCAAAACACCCCCGUCUGACGGCAAAACACCCCGUCUGACGGCAAAACACCCCCGUCUGACGGCAAAACACCCCCGUCUGACGGCAAAACACCCCGUCUGACGGCAAAACACCCCCGUCUGACGGCAAAACACCCCCGUCUGACGGCAAAACACCCCGUCUGACGGCAAAACACCCCGUCUGAUGGCUAAACACCCUUCUCUUGGACCAGUAGACAGUAGCUCCCCCAUCAGCCCGCACACCUGCUUCUCGUCUCCAUGGAAAUCAUCAACACACGCCAGCGUGUCCAUCCUGCAGCGGUGCACUUCAAUGUGACGACACAGGAAGUUUGCUGUCAUAGUUGUACAGCGUCACAGAAACACUCUAGAAACACUCAACACUGUUGUGCCUCGCUUUGGACUUGUUGGAUCCACCUGUAGUGGGAUUUCAGUCCCUUAGUUUCACCCACCAAUGCAAAUAAUAUGAUUCUUCUGUUCCGUUGGUGUCGUGAUCAUUCUUUGUUUGUCAGUUCCAUAAGAGAAGAAUAGGAUGUUUGUUCCUGUUUAGUUGAUCCUGUUCAGUUGCUUUGUGCAGCACAGCUUUCCAUAGCAGAACUCUUAUUCACCUGGGGGGGAAACAAAUAAUUACUAACUUUAAUAUUUGUUUCUAAUUCACAAUGUAAAGUAUUGUAAAUAAAAUCUUGUUAGUUUUGUUUCUUGUUUC